AUGGAAGGCAUUAGCGCUCGCAAGCAGCGCCGCAAGAGGGUCAUCACUGACGCGGUACAAUUAGCCCUUGAGAAGGAAGCCGUUGUUGCCUUGGAGCGAUUUCUCGAGAACCCCGGCUUUUGUAAGAGACGGACGGACGUUGAGAGGCGGAUGGUGAUACGCACAGCCCAGUUCCGGUACAAACAUUGCCCCAAACUCAGCCUAGGUGCCGCGAUUGCUAUCAGCGGGUCGUAUGAUAUUACAGAGUUUCAGGGGCUCCAGCGAAUUCUAGCUUCUGAUGAUACGGACUCCGAGGAACAGCGCAAGCUGAAAGAAAAGCGAAUCGCUGACUUAAACGGCCGUUGUUUUUUGGACUCGAAUCGCUGGCUGGCAUAUGCUAAGCAUCUCCAGGGAGAACCAGAGCUUUUAGUCCUUGCGAGCCUGGAAUUUGCUUGGGCGUACUCCAACGAAUGCCUUCCCGGUGUUAUCCAACAUCUUCUUGAGAUUACUUCUCAAUACACCCCGGGACUUAGUUCUGGAAUUUGCCAGAAAGGCGCCUUUGAAGAGUUGUUAAACUACAGCGACCAUAUCGAAACGCAAAGCCCGACGCCCGUGUUCAUCGAACCGGUGUCAUCCACAUCUCCAACUUCCCGGGUCGGGAUCGAGGCGGAUAAAUCACCUCUAAAACGAGCCAAGACUACUCACCACCAAUCCCCUCGAAAUACCGACACUAUGCUUGUCCCAAUCAAUGCGGAUGGUGGUCAGAUGACAGUCGUCCCAGGCCAACACGCUCAACUAGAGCUCACGAAUUCGGCAUCCGGCUCCCCACACGACACACCUUCCGCUCCACCAGCUUACGCCCACAGUCUGCAGCCACGAUCCACCCCACUAGCAUCAUACCAGAAUGUGUUUGACUUCUGGCUCCGGAGAAGAUGGAGCGAUGCCGAGUUCCCGACCAUUCGCCGCGUCGCGGAUUACCCUGACAGAGACUGGAUCGCCGAACAACACUUCUCCCCCAUUCACCAUAUUGUGUUUCUCCUCUCUAACAAGACCAUCAAGGAGGAGCUCAAACACAAUCCAGACGCCGUCCACAUCACGGACGCCCAGGGACGUACGGCGCUGAAUUGGGCUACUGCCCGAGCGCAACUAGACGACAUGAGGGUCCUAAUCGCUCACGGUUCUAAUGUCGACACGAUGGACGCCGACGGCCGCACCCCCAUGCUACACGCAGUCGAUAGUGGCAACGAUGAGGCGGUCCGAGUGUUACUCACGGCUGGCGCCGACCCCAAUCCCACACUCCCAGCCGGUUUCUUCCGUAGUAGUCCCCUCACUGCGGCCUGCUUUGGCAGAAGAGCGGGGAUGGUGAAACUGCUCCUCCAGGCCGGUGCGAAGAUAGACGCGGUAAACCCAGAGGGCCGGACGGCACUACAUGCGGCAGCUACCACGCAGAGCGCUGAAUGCGCGAGUGUCCUGCUCAAGGCAGGUGCUAGUCCGGAGGACGUCUCGAAGAAUGGGAAAACACCGCUUUCGACAGCAAUUAUGAACAACAGCCAUGCCGUCCUGGAGGUCUUUUCCGAAUGGUAUCAUACCAGUGGCAGUGUUGUCAGAACCCCGCAGUUGCUGCUGGUGAUUGCGGAGCACGCAGACAUUGAGACUAUGGCGAUAGUCGAGUCGUCUGUUCCAAUCAAACACUCUCUUGUCGCAGACAUGGACAAUUUCACCACCGGCAGGGCACUCCUUGUACAGCGUGGAGACCAUAGUGAGGAGUUGGGGCUUGCCUUCGAGAGAAUGUUGUCAUGCGUUAUGAGGAGCGACGAAAGCGAGCUUGGCCACUUGGACUACUUUUUUGAGAACAGUGAGAACCGUGCGAGUGCUUUCACACCUGGAGGUUAG